AUGUCUGAUGCGGGGAAACACCAGAAGGGCCUAAAAAAGCUCUUCCAUCCCUUCAAUCACAGAGCGUCGGAGAAGAUUCAGGACCUACAAGAUAAACUUGCGCACACCAAACUCAAGGAGGUGCAUAUCAAGGCUGUGCAUGCGAAACACAAAGUUGGCAAAUUCACCAACCUUUUCAACACCAAUCAUCGCCAUGAUGAGGAGCACGAAAAGGCCACGGACGCCAAGAGAGAGAAAAUUGCAGAGAACCAUCGGUUCAACAGCUUUGCGCCGGAGAGAGAGGGCAAUCUGGUGAAAUGGUAUGUCGAUGGCAGAGACUACUUCUGGGCUGUAGCCGAGGCUCUGGAGCAAGCGAAGGAAACCAUCUACAUUGCAGAUUGGUGGCUGAGCCCUGAGCUGUUCUUGAAGAGGCCACCCUUCUACAAUCAGAAAUGGCGACUGGACCAGAUCCUCAAGCGAAGAGCGCAGGCUGGUGUCAAAAUCUACGUUUCUGUUUACAAAGAGGUGUCUGCUGCUCUUACCUGCAACAGCCAGCAUACUAAGAAGGCCCUCAUGAACAUGUUCAAAGAGGGUGAGCCUGGAUACGGAAACAUCACAGUCAUGAGACAUCCUGACCACAACGUCUUUGAGAAUGCCUCAGAUAUGACUUUUUACUGGGCACAUCACGAGAAAUUCAUCGUGAUCGACUAUGCCAUGGCCUUCAUUGGCGGACUAGAUCUAUGCUACGGACGAUGGGACGAGAAGCAACAUCCCCUCUCUGAUGUGCACCCGUCUGGUAUUCAGAACCAGAUCUUCCCUGGCCAAGACUUUAAUAAUAACCGCAUUCUGGACUUUGAAGGCGUCGAUGACUGGAAGUCAAACAAGCUGAACAAGCUUGAGUACGGUCGCAUGCCAUGGCACGAUGUGUCAAUGGGCGUUAUCGGGCCUGCGGUUUACGACAUCGCAGAACACUUCGUCUUGCGCUGGAACUUUAUGAAACGAGAUAAAUACAAGCGCGAUGAACGCUACGACUGGCUCACUCUGGAAGGCCGAGAAGGUGCAGAUGAAGAUCUGAUUGGAGUACAAAGACCCAAAUUCCCUGUCGGUCAAUACGUACACCAUCCUCUUACUCAACUGAACACAAAGAACCUCGACAACCGUGGAACAGUCCAUGCCCAGCUUGUACGAAGCAGCGCAGACUGGAGUAUGGGUAUCGCACCACAUGAGCAAAGUAUACAAAAUGCGUAUUGUGAACUCAUACGCAAUGCGCAGCAUUACGUCUAUAUCGAGAACCAAUUUUUCAUCACGGCCACAGACAAGCACGACCAGAAUGCGGUUCACAACCAGAUAGGAGCUGCUAUGGUUGACGCAGUUGUCAAGGCUGACAAAGAGGGACGUCAUUUCAAGAUGAUCAUCAUCAUCCCAGCGAUCCCCGGUUUCGCUGGGGAUCUGCGAGAUAACGCAGCGGCCGGUACACGAGCGAUUAUGGACUACCAAUUCAAAAGUAUAUGCAGAGGAGAUGAAAGUAUAUACGGAAAAGUGAGGGCACAAGGUGUGGAUCCAGAGAAGUACAUCUUCUUUUUCAAUCUGCGCUCGUAUGAUCGUAUCAAUGUAACGCCCACGCUUAAGAAGCGCGAGCAGGAGUCAGGUAUGACGUACAUGGAUCUCGAAGAAGCUGAAAUUGCGGAACUCGAAGCUCCGCUUGAGGAAAGUGGUGAAGAGGCUCGACGGCACGCGAAGGAGUUGCGUCAGAAAUUCUUCAACCAGGAUGAAGAUGUUGGCUUGGGAGAUCAAGGCGGCAUCCUUGACCCUGAUUCUAUUGCUGAUGAUGCAAUGCUCAACGACAAGAAGCCGAGCACCGAAGAGUGGGAGGGCGACCCAGAAGACGAAAAGCAGUUCUUUUUCCAGGAAGAGUUGUACAUUCACGCGAAACUGUGCAUCGUUGAUGAGAAGUAUGUCAUCUGUGGCUCCUCAAAUAUCAACGACCGGUCGCAAUUAGGUUUCCACGACUCAGAGUUAUCGAUUGUUCUACACGACAAGGACGAGAUCGACAUCGAGCUGGAUGGAAAGCCUUAUAAAGCAGCACGACUUGCCCACGAACUCCGCUCCAAUCUCUGGCGCGAGCACCUUGGUCUUCUCCCCGCCCAGUCUCUCGACGGAUCUGAAGAUCCCAACGCCCAACCACCUGGCGAUAACUCGCCCAAUGACACACUUCCGGGUCCUGAAGCCGACUUCGUCUCCGACCCCCUCUCUCCAAAACUCUGGGACGAGUGGUGCAAACGCGCAACCGAAAACACUGAGGUCUUCCGCACGCUCUUCCACGCCGAUCCUGAUGACAGGAUUCGCACUUUUGCAGAUUAUGAUGCGUUCACGCCGAAUCCACAGGCAGACAAGGACCAUAAGCAGGGUCACCUAUACGACAUGGUACGGCCUGUCCGGGAGAUUCGGGCAGAAUUGGACAAGAUCAAGGGCCAUCUUGUGUGGAUGCAGUUGAAGUUUUUGGAGGAUGAGAACAUGGCGGAGAAGGGAUUAGCCGUCAACUCCUUCACCGAGAGUAUUUAUACUUGA